UUGUCAAAGAAAACACCUAUUCCAUCAGGCAGCAACAUGAGAGCAGCUGCAACGAUGAGUUUAACAUCAGCAAGUGGAUUUAUUGUCUUUCUUCUCUCUUUUACAGUUGUUCAGGGUCAGAAUGGAUGGGGAGUGACUUACACUUCUACUCAGAUCUGUGCCUUAAAAGGAUCAACAGUCGACAUGAGCUGCACCUACACAUACCCAUCCAAGAUAAGGAAACAGAAAACUAAAGUUGAGAAAACAUUCUGGUUUAUUAAUAGAGACAUUAAACCUGUAGAUCUGAAAACAGAGUCAGAGUACAAAGGUCGUGUGUAUUAUCCUUACAAUAAGAACGGCUGUUUAGUGAGAAUCUCAGACCUGAGACAGAACGACUCAGCUCAGUACAAGUUCAGGUUUAUAACAAACCAACCUGGUGGAAAUUAUACUGGUUCACCUGGAGUCACUCUGACUGUCACAGAUCUCCAGGUCCAUGUGACCAGUUCAUCAUCCUGCUGGAAUUCUAAUUGUGUCCAAGUAGAGCUGAGGUGUCACAGCAGCUGUCGUCUACCUGACAAUUACAAAUACACCUGGUUCAAGAACAGACAGGAAAUUCAGAGUGAAACAUCAUCUUCCUAUUUCACCUAUUUGUACUCUGAAGAUACCGUUUCCUGUGCUGUUAAAGGUUAUGAGAUGUUCUCCUCCCCUCCAGUGUUUGCUCCAACGGUUCCUUCAGUGUCUUUCAGUCCCUCUGGUGAAAUCAUUGAGGGCAGUUCAGUGACUCUGACCUGUACCAGUGAUGCAAACCCACCUGUUACUAAAUACACCUGGUACAAGAGAGGAAAUAAUCGACUUCAGUCAAGAGGUGAAGGACAGCAGUUUGUCCUCAGCUUCAUCAACUCCUCUGACUCUGGAUCAUAUUCAUGUGUCUCUGAGAACAGUCUGGGGUUGAAGAUGUCAGAAUACAUUUAUAUUGAUGUGAAAUAUCCUCCCAGACUUCCCUCUGUGUCCGUGAGUCCGUCUGGUCAGAUAGUUCAGGGCAGUUCAGUGACUCUGACCUGUACCAGUGAUGCAAACCCACCUGUUACUAAAUACACCUGGUACAAGGAGGAUGAAGACUCACCAAAAGCAUCAGGACAGAACUUCACCAUCACUGAUAUCAGAUCUGAACACAGUGGGAAUUAUUACUGUGAAGCCCAGAACAGCAGAGGACGACAGAACUCCACCUCACAUCUGAUCACUAUGUCUGUUACAGAGAGGGCAACGUUCAUAAUGAAUAUUAUCAGGCUGGUUCUGGUGUUUCUGCUUCUCAUGCCUCUGAUUUUCCUGAUUCUGUGGAUCAGGACGAAGAAAACCCAGGCUGUCAACACAGAAUUAAAGCCUCCAGAGACAAUAGAGUUGGACAAUUUUCAGAUCUAUGAGAAUGAACACAUUCAACGCAGAGAAGAAAGAAGACUCACAGGAGGAAGAAGACCUGAUGAGACAUCCAGUGAGGUUGAAUUAUCAUGUAUAUAAAAUUUGGUAAAUUCAUAAAUCCAUUUCAAAACUAAGCCCACAAUGUCUAAACUUUAUAAUACAUAUUUCAAGCUGUGGCUGAUUCACAUAAGCUUUCACAUUUCUGUUGAACACUGGGAAGGAGGAUGGACACAUCAAGUACAGAUCUAGAAGUCCUCCUCCUUUAUUUGGGGCAUUACUCAAUAAUUAUGAAUUGAUUGUAAUAAAGAAUACACUCAUGGAAUUAAAAUAGUUUGUAUUAA